AUGUCUCAUACAAUUAAAGAAUACCUUCCCGUUGUUUUUACUGAUCUCUAAAUCUCUACCAAAAUUUAAUUCAACGACUUUUACACUGAAGAAAAGUAAUAAUACACUCAAAUCAAGACUCCCAAUCCUUAAAUAGUCACACCAUUCAACAUCUCAACCUAAAAUAUCCAAAGUUACUUCUCCAUCCAAAACCCAAUAAGAAAUACUUAAUUAUUAAAAGAAUAUUAAAAAGAUUGUAUUUCCCAACAUACUUUAAAGAACUAAAGAAGAUAUAAAAAAAUAUCGAAAACAUCAACUCUCUUUGAUAAGUGAUGAAAUUUCAAUCUCAUAACCUAUUAUAGAAUUUGAACAUAAGAAAGUAAAUAAAACUAAUAGUAAAUCUCCUCUUAAAUUGCAUUCUUAAUAACCAAGUUAUAUAAGCAAUUAACCAAUUAGAACAGAUCUCUCUUCUUUAAUAUUUGAUAAUAAUUUCGAAUCCUAUUCAAAUGAUUCUAUUCUAAAGUUUCAUAAACUAAGGUAUAUCAUUUUUGAUAAUUUAGUCCUACUUUCAAUGAAACUUCUUGGUAAAAAGUAGAUAAAGUAAAUAGAAUCAAUUUAGCACAUGAAGUCUAAAAAGAAAUACAUCAUUUAGAAAGAUUCAAUACAUAUUGGAAGCCAGAUAUGAUUAAUUAAUUUCUAUAACUGAAAAUUGUAUAAAAGGGAGUCAAUUUUAAAAGAGGCAAUAAAAGAAUAUUUAUAUUAAUGUACCUUCCUCAUCAAACUCUUGUUUUAAAAAGUUCAUAAGUAGAAGUAAAAAAUAGGUAUAUUAAUAAUAUAAAUAUAGUUCUGUAUCAUUAUAACUAAAUUCUUUGGUUUAUUUUACUCCAAUAUAUGAGAAAAUUAGUAAUAUAAGUGAAUUAGCAGAUAAUUACAAUAUUUGGGCAAAACAUUUUUUAGAUUUAUUACAUUAUAAAUAACAUAUCAACACUGUAAAGUUUUACUUUUUAGAUGGUAAAGAACUUUAAACAUUAAAUCAAAUACCUACUUAUGAAAAAUUCAUUUAUUGUAAUCUACACGUAAAUAGAUAUUUAAAAAUCAUAGGGAGAAUUUGAUCUUUGGAAUAGAGUUGGAUAAACUUUAAAUUUAGGAGGUUAAUUCUAAUUAGAUAAAUAUGUCAAAUUAGCAACUAAAAUGGUAGAUUUAAGAUCUAAAGAUGAUAUUAUUAAAUUCUUUGGAAAAAGAGAUAAUUUUCUUCCUUAUUAUUCAAUGGGUUAUAAUUAAAAUGAAGAAGAUGUUAAAUCUCCUAUUUUAUAAUAAAUUGAAACAAUUCAGUAAGAUGGAGAUGAUGAAUAAUUAAAUGAUGAAGUUAUUGAUUAGUCUAUUUUUCAAAUGAAUAAAAAUUAACAGAAAACUUAUCUAAAGACAAUAUAAUAUUUUAUUCAAUAAAAUAAAUCUAAAUAUUCAGUACAUUUAACAAAUUAAGAAGCUGGAAUGAGAUAAAGAAAAGAGAAUAUCAAAGGUAUUAGAAGAAAAUCAAUUGAAAAUAAAAUAAAAGGAGUAAUCUAUUAUUUAUAACAUAUUAUUAGUAAAAGUAAAUGUUGGAUCCUAAUGAAGAAGCUCAUAUUGAAAGGAAAUUAUUGAAUGAAAGUACUUAAUCAAUUGAAGAAAUUAAGGAAGAUGCAGUUGAUAAAGUAGAUGUGUUUAAGAAUCCAAUAUAUAAAAAAUUACCUAAGAAAAUGGAAUUAACUAAUGAUCCAUUUUCAAGUUUUACUUCAAAAGAUAAUAAAAAAUUUAAAGAAAUUAUGAAGUUAAUUAAUAUUGAAUAAAUAGUAUUAGAAAAAAAAGUAAAUAGACAAGAUAUUAUGCAUUACUUAUCCUUAUUUAAGGCUUUGAUGGAUUCAGAUAAUUAAAAUUAUUUCACAAUUGCUUAAUUAGAUUAUCCUUCUUUAUACAUUUCGAGAGAAUAAUUAUAAAAAAGUCUACCAUAUAUAGUCUUAUAUAAAAAUUAAUUAAAUACUGCAAAAUUAAAUGAAAUAUAUGAGAGAUAGUAUAACUAUGUUGAAUUUUUGGAAUUUUUAGAUAUUUUUACUACUGAAUAUAUAGUUUCUGAUAAAGAGUUGGAAAGAUUAAAAAACUAGAAAUAAGAAUCAUAUUGA